AACGUUCUAGAACCGAGGAUAGCAGAAAUAGAAAAAGAGGAGAACAACAACUUAGCUACGGAUAAAGAUGAAGGAGAAGGCGAACCUGAGAAAGAGGAGAUAAUAUAUCUGCUUACUGAUAAAAUGGAUUGCAGUGCGUUUCCUGAUAAUAUUCAACCAAUGCUAGAAGGUCGCGACACUGUGCAUAGGAUAUUGCUCCCUACACAGCCUUAUUAUGAUCUCUAUGCUGAGCUUCAGUCGUGUGGAGUGCUGAUCCAAGAAAGGAUUAUCAGCGGUGGACUGCGACAGUUGGCUGUCAUUGUCAAACCCAACUCCUGGAUGUGGCUUUUGGGACUAUUCGUUGCUUUUGUUGUCUUAGCUGCAGCAGCAAUAUUUCUCGGCCCUAUGGCUUUGGUGAUAGGCCUCGUUGCGAUGGCUGCUGUUGGAACUACCUACUUCACGUUGUCAGCUAUGUGGACAAAUCGAAAGGUUUGCAAUAUAAUUUUCGCCUUUUAUUUUAUGUUCGAACUGACCACACGAAGUCCCCAGAGGAGUUGAAU